AUGGCAAGAACUGGCAUCGAACGUGCCUAUAUUUUCCCCUCCACCGCCUUUUCCAAAUGCCCUCAGUCUUCCCUCUCUCACCCCUAUGAAGCCCCAUCUCCACUCCUAUCCAGGCAGCAUGCCCGGACCCUGUGGUAUGACAGGCCUAAGUAUGUGUUCAUGGAGUUUUGCGUUGAGGACAACACCGAUGCCCAUGUGCUCAUCGAGGACCACCGCAUUGUGUUCAGCUGCAAGAAUGCCGAUGGAGUGGAGUUGUACAACGAGAUAGAGUUCUAUGCCAAGGUGAACUCUAAGGACUCCCGGGAUAAGCGCUCUAGCCGCUCCGUUACUUGUUUUGUAAGGAAGUGGAAGGAGAAUGUGGCCUGGCCCCGGCUUACAAAGGAGGAUAUCAAGCCAGUGUGGCUGUCUGUGGACUUUGAUAACUGGAGAGAUUGGGAAGGGGAUGAAGAGGUAGAGCUGGCUCAUGUGGAACAUUACGCGGAGCUUUUGAAGAAGGUCAGCACAAAAGGACCUCCCCCUGCCAUGGAUGACCUGGACGCACUUGACUACGGCUACUGCAUCAGAUGGUGGGACGGAGAAGGAGACUGGUGGGGCUCCAGACUUCUCAAUGAUUGGCUUGCAAUCUCUGCGUUUGGGCCACUCUUCAGAGUGCUCUAGAGUAUUUGAAUAUGUGUGUCUGUGUGGCAGCAUGAAAGCCAAAGAAGCAUAUAAUUAUAAUAAAUCUCUAGGAAUUGUUCUGUCUCUUUCCUUCUUGUACUUCUUCCUCCUGGAGUCAAGCUAUUACCAGAAUAAGGUUCUUGCCUCUCACUGGUCAAGAAUGAGCAGGUAAGGCUCGUAGUUUUCCACACAAGCAAAGCUUUAUUGAAGAGGCUUGCAAGCGAAGAUGAGGAGGGCCUAGAGCAACACUUACCCUCAUCUCGCAGAACAAAAGACAGGCUCUAGA